AUGUCGAUCAUGUCGAUCUUUGAACAACAAUUCAUCAUACCUCUCUUUUCCUUCUUCUCCUUCAUCUUCUUCAUAAUCCUAUUCCAGAAAUGGACUUCUUCCGGUGGCCGGAAAAACUCGCCGCCAUCUCCAAAAGGACUUCCAGUGAUCGGAAACCUCCUCAUGCUCGGAAAAUCUCCUCACCGUUCACUACAGUCUCUAUCGAGACGUUAUGGCCACGACGAGCCCUUGUUGCUUCAUUUCGGGAGCUUGCCGGUUCUUCUUGUCUCGUCGGCAAAAGUUGCACGUGAGAUAAUGAAAAACCAAAACUCAAUCUUCUCAAACAAGCCCAAACUAAGCGUGCCAGAUAGGCUCACGUAUGGCUCACGUGACGUGGCUUUUGCUGCUUAUGGAGAAUAUUGGAAACAGAUGAGAAGCAUAUGCGUGCAUCAGCUUUUGAGCAACAAAAGAGUUCAAUCUCAUCGCCAUAUACGCGAACAAGAAACCACGAACAUGAUCGACAAAAUUAGGCAGUUGGGAUCUUCUUCAUCGAUCAACUUGACCAAUCUUUUUUCCUCACUGACAAACGAUGUCAUUUGCAUGGCAUUGUUUGGUAGGAAAUACGAUGGUGAAGAUGGCAAGAAGUUCAAGAAGUUAAUGAAAGAGGUCAAUGAUUUAUUAGGUAGCGCGAGCAUAGGGGAAUAUAUACCAUGGUUGGGUUGGAUUAGUCAUGUUAACGGGUUAUACGCAAAAGUCAAGAGAGCGGCUAAACUGUUUGACGAUUUUUUGGAGACUGUGAUUCGAGAACAUAAUAAAGAUUACGGCAAAAAAUACGAACAAGGUGGAGAUAAAGAGUCGUAUUUCGUUGACAGAUUGCUCCAACUUCAGAGAGAGAGUAUAAAUAGCAGCUCGCCUAUUACAGAUGAUACGGUUAAGGCUCUCAUCGUGGACAUGUUUAUUGCUGGAACCGACACCACAGUCACAGCUCUCGAGUGGGCAACGGCAGAGCUCAUAAAGAAUCCACGAACCAUGAAAACCCUACAGAACGAAGUGCGAAAAGUUGUCGCAAGUAAUAACAAGAAAGAUACAAUAAACGAGGAUGAUAUCGAAAAAAUGCCUUACCUCAAAGCAGUGAUAAAAGAGUCAUUGAGACUCCAUUCGCCGGCCCCUUUGCUCACCCCUCGCGAAUCCACUCAUGACACGAAGGUCAUGGGCUACGAUAUAUCUGCCGGGACAAGGGUAGUGAUAAACGCGUGGGCCAUCGGGAGGGACCCAACAUCUUGGGACGAUCCUGAAAAUUUCAUUCCCGAGAGGUUCUUGAAUUCGGAAGUUGAUUUCAGAGGCAAACAUUUCGAGUUAAUCCCGUUUGGCGCUGGCCGAAGGGGAUGCCCUGGGAUUAAUUUCGGCGUGGCUGUUGAUGAGCUUGGAUUAGCCAAAUUGGUGUACCAUUUCGAUUUCGAACUGCCGAAUGGAGAAAAGGGAGAGGAUUUGGAUAUGAGUGAAACUGGAGGAAUAACAGUUCAUAAAAAGCUUCCAAUGCUUGUGGUUGCCACUCCAUAUAAUUGUGUUUUUAACAGUUAA